GCGCAUGCGCAGGAGACUCUGUUGGAGAAUCUGAUGCGUUGGAAAAUAUGACAGAACAGCAGAAUAGCGGGUGUCCGCUUCUCUGCAGAACAGAGCACGUGAUCUAGGAGCCCGGGCAAACAUGGCGGCGCCCUUAGAGCUGGUGCUGAGCACCGAUGCAGCCGGCCAGGUGGCCAAUUGUUCAGUAUGGGAUCCUCAGACAGGCGCCGUACUGCUCACCUACCGGGGAGGGAACAGUACACCCCACGCUCUGGAGCUGCUCGGCGGACAAUACCUCCUCGGAGGACAGAUGGGGAAAAACUACAUCAACGUGUGGGAGCUGCAGAGAAAGGACCAGCUACAACAGAAGAUAGUGUGCCCGGGGCCAGUCACCUGUCUAGCUGCCUCUCCUAGUGGACUGUACUUGGUGGCCGGGAUUGGAGAGAGUAUCUACUUGUGGGAGGUUUGUACAGGAAAUCUCCUUGCCAUUCUCAACAGUCACUACCAGGAUCUGACCUGUCUCACGUUCACAGAUGACAGCAGCCAUUUUGUGUCUGGUGCAAAGGAUAGCCUGGUCCUGGUCUGGAACCUUUUCACUGUAUUGCAGGCUGAAGGGUCUCGAGGGCCUGAACCAAGACAUAUGUGGACCCAACACACACUGCCCAUCACAGAUGUACAGUGUGGUUCUGGAGGCCCUCAAGCUCGGGCGGUAACUUCGUCUUUGGACCAGACUGUUAAGUUGUGGGACAUUGCCUCUGGGGAACUUUUGAUGUCUGUCCUCUUUGAUGUCAGAAUCAUGUCAGUAACAUUUGACCCAGCUGAAUAUCACUUAUUUUGUGGUGGUAGUGAUGGCUCGAUAUUCCAGGUGGAUCUUUGUGCAUGGCCAGUGCAGCGGGAGAAGACCUUCAAUGCCGAGCAAGAAAAGGUGUUUAGAGGACACAGGGACCAAAUAACUUGUCUUUCUGUUUCUCUGGAUGGGAGUAUGCUGGUAUCAGGAUCUCAUGAUGAAACGGUCUGUGUUUGGGACGUACAAAGCAAGCAGUGUCUGCGUACAGUCAACCACAGAGGUCCAGUAACAAAUGCCUUUAUCAUACCUGCACCUGGCAACAUGCUUCGAGCAGACAGUAAGCCUAACUUUCCCCUGCCUCGAUUCAGCAAACAUUUUCAGGGUGCUGAGGGCUCUGACGGCCCAGAGAGUGAUGGAAUUAUUCUUCGACUUGGAAAAUAUCAACAUGGAUCAGAAGACACUUACCAGCAGAGGGCAGAUCAUCUUCACCAACUCCUUGGUGAAAGUGAAGGAAAGAAUCUUUCAGGUCUUGUUGAGCAACUUCGAGCGCGGACAGCAGAACUGGACGAGGAGCUGGGUAUGGUGCGAAAGAUAAACAAAGAUCUCUUUGACUUUUCAGCUAGCAUUCUCACCAAACCAUGAAGCUUGGAAAAGAUGCACUAAAAUGUAUAGUUUUUUUUUUUUUUUAUGGAUGUUCUGCAGCUUUAGACUAGCUGUACAAAGUGGUUCUGUGAUCAGAGGUGCACGAUUAUCUGUUUUAAAUGAGAUAAAAUAGAUAAUGGGGCAAAAAGUCAAAUUGGCAAUUUUGUUUUUGUUUUAGGCAGCUUGUUUAUCCAUCACAGGUAUCCUCAGCAAUGAUCUAAAUGUAUCAAUUGAUCGUGUUUAUUUAAUAAAAAAGAGCAAUAUACAGAAACCAAGAGCAACUAAUAAGGGCUUGUUCACAGCACCCGAUUGGGCAGGCACGCUAAACACAUCAUGGUGUGUUUCAAUGCUAUUCAUUUUAAAUGGCACCCCAGUGCAUCUGCAGAGCACACCCAUGCGUUAAAGUGCAUUCUGGGGAAAAAAACACAAGCAUAAUUAUGUGAGUUGCAGCACAUGCCACCCAAGCAAAAUCAGGUGUGAGCAGGUCAAAAGAACUCCUCGUUUGCUGAUCUGACUAUAACAGAAUUAUGCCCCGGUACGCACUGCCACGACUUUAAAGUCAUACGACUUUGAAGCCGAAUCCCAGCGUGACUUUGGCAUGACACGCAUGUAACUUCUUUAACAGAAAUCGAUGCAAGUCGUACCGAAGACAGACCAAAAGUAGUGCAGGAGCCUUUUUCUAAGUCGGAGUGACUCAAGUCGCACAGCUAAGAGCAGUUCCAUUUCACUGAAUGGGGUGCGACUUCUGAUGCGAUAAGUUCUGCAGAGUCGGAGAGCAUGUUACAUCAGUGUGAACUGGGCCUGAAACAUGUUUGGUUCCCAGUAGUCAAUGCUCAUUGGAUACUAUUGUUGCUCUUUACACUGCCUGACUAAACAAGCGUUUGUAGCAUAGUGUACUCUGUUGGUUUUACGUUAAUUUGUAUCCUUGGUAAAAGGCAUUGAGCAAUGGAUGUGCUGCACAUGUGUGGUAUAUUUUAGCACAUUAUUAAAAAUUAUGCCUUCUUCCUCAUGAUAGACACCCUUUGGAUGUACAGCAUAGAAUACUUUAGGAAACGGUCUUUUGCAAUUUAACCAAUAGAAGUAUAAAUUGUGUACACAAUAACAUCUGUUUUCUAUCAUUUUGUAAUAAAGAAUUUUGUUUUUUUAAA